UUCGAUGCGGGAGAUAAGAGAAAAACCGGGCGAAGGAAGAAACUCCUUGCUGGAAAGCCUCUCCUGUUAAUGUUGACUUGUACAUAGUUUGUAGAUGCUAGUUUGCCUCCGGUCAGUGUGAUAGUCACAUUAUCUCCCAUUCUUCCCAACAGUCGCCGUUGAACUUUUUUCUUUUCACGGAGAGACGCCAAUCAACCUCACUGAACCGAGACGCGUACAAAAAUGCAUGCUCAGUUCUUUCAGGACAUUGAUUUGUGAUAGACGGUUACUGGAUGUGUUCCAAGAAUCGCUAUCACAUCCAUUUGGUCAUUAACAAGGGAAGUUGUUUUUAAGAUAAAGCGGUUCACUUGUUAAUCACCUUUGGCGCUUGUGAACUGAGUGUUCCUGGAAGAAAAAUCUUGUGAGCAUGGCAACAGAAACGCUUUACCCACCCGGUGUGUUAGAACCGGGAGAAAUACCCCCAGAGCUCCUGAAUGGUUUGAUGGGAAACGGAAAUGGUGCAGAACAUGUGGACGACGAACCAGUUGUUGAUAUCACAAUUAACAAUGUCGUGUGCAGCUUCAACACAAGGUGCCACUUGAACCUGAAGAGAAUAGCUCUAGAAGGAUGCCAUGUUGAAUACAAACAGGAGCAAGGCAUGUUGAAUAUGAAGUUGAGACGUCCAUAUACCACAGCUAGUAUUUGGUCCUCAGGGAAGAUCACAUGCACGGGAGCAACCAGUGAAGAUGACUCACAUCGAGCAGGGAGAAGGAUUGCUCGGCGCCUUCAGAGGCUUGGCUUCAACGUACGCUUCACCAACUUUAGAGUAGUCAAUGUACUGGGAACUUGCAGCCUACCAUUUGGAAUCAAAAUUACAAACUUUUCUAAGGCUCACAGAGAAGAAGCAAGUUACGAGCCAGAGUUGCAUCCAGGAGUGACUUACAGGAUAAAGGAUCCUAAAGCCACACUCAAAAUCUUCUCCACAGGCAGUAUUACAGUAACAGCUCCAUCAGUAGCAAACGUCCAAUCAGCCAUUGAGCACAUCUACCCUCUCGUGGUGGAGCACAAGGCGGAGGAAACAGAGAUUGACCGGGUCACCCUGCUCCGUGAGAAGCGAUUCCUGGAAGGGAGCAACGCCAUCGUGAGUGCUCGCAACAAGGGUCAGAGGUGCUUCACGACAGUCGAGUCAGAAGAAGACGAAGCCCUUGACACCAGUGAUGACAGUUUUGACAGUGAAGAGAGUCAGGAUUAACCUUGUUGCUGUAUUCGUGGGUGGGUGGGUUUAUUCGGUACAGCUUCCUUCACAGGAGCAAGAACACUGCUGCAGUCGACUCAUGUUUCAUAUUCUGUGAGCAGCUGUUUAGAGUGGGUGCUAUUGACACAGUAUGCUAAUCCCAAAUAAGGGCACUAGCCGCAAGACAGACUGUUCCGUGGUAUCUCAGACAAGGAGGCGUAUGUUUUUUUCAGGUAAUUGACAGUAACAUGUGGAUGUUACUUCAGACUUGUUGCCAUGGUAACUGAACAACGACAUAUCUUUACUGAUGUCUGUGCGGAGUAUUAAGGACUCUUAUUGUUGUCUAGUAAAGUGCUUGUGAUGGGCUGCUUUGUGCUGGUAUUUCAUCAUGUUUCAUACUGUGGGCAUCUUCCCGAGGCAAGGGCGUUAACUGUCCUUAAAUGUCGGUCUGUCGAGUUUCUGCGCUUGAUAGUGGUGCCACCAGUGGCUAUUACAAGUUAUGUCCCUUCUAUGUCUCUCCUACUGACAAAUCAGAUUCCACCUCUCAUAUCACUUGCAUUUGGUCUUAACAAAAUGGCUGCGCCGUCAAGAAGACCUGAUCGAAAAUCAAGAUCUUUAUUGUAAUUAAAAAGAUCUUCAUCAAAUCACGUGAGCACCUUGGUUAAAAAAAUCGAUUGGCAAAUACCUGUUGACACUGAGCUGGCAGUUCACAUGCUUUGCAAAUCCUGCAAUCAACCGAAAUCUGCACAGCAGUUGAUGAACCAGAUGUCAUUUUUGUUACGCGAUUUUGAUUGGACUAUGCAUAGACUUGUUAGUCCAGCAGGAAGAUAACUCCAUAAUUCCAGUCCAAUUCGGCAAGGGUGAAAACUGGACUUUCAAAGUUAACUCCCUUGCCUCGGUAAGGUGACCUGUGGGUGAUUGGACCAAUCUCAUUUAAAUCAGAUCUUAGUUCUCGUCAUCGCUAAAGAAAGAUCUGAGGACAUCCCAUUAAGGGUCACGUCAGAACGACCUUUCAUCCAACCAAACAGAGCGUC